AGGAAAAAUGCGAAUGGCCAUUGAAAGAAGAAGCAGUGAAAGGGAGGAAUUUCAACAAAUUACUGAGGAAAAAGACAAGAAAGCAUAAAAAACGAGCUGCAUGUGUGCUUUGGCAAGUGCAUAACUCCUUACGACACAUAGCCAAGAGUCACCAGAGCCAGCCUGCUGCGCAAACCACACAACAGGCAACACAGUCAACACAAAAAUAUAAACAGCACAGUUUAGAUGAUGAGCAGCAGAACGGACACGGACGGUUCCUCAAUCAGAUUCAGCGAUCACACACUGGACAAGGCCACCAAGGCCAAGGUGACGUUGGAGAAUUACUACAGCAACUUGGUGACACAAUACGGCGAGCGUAAGCAGCGCCUGGCCAAAUUGGAGGCCCAGCUGAAGGACGAAAGUCUAACAGAGUCGCAACGUCAGGAGAAACGCUUACAGCAUGCGCAAAAAGAGACGGAAUAUUUGCGUCUCAAGCGAUUACGUCUCGGUGUCGAGGAUUUUGAGGCGUUGAAAGUCAUCGGUCGCGGUGCAUUCGGUGAGGUGCGUUUGGUGCAAAAAAAGGACACGGGACAUGUCUACGCCAUGAAGGUGCUACGCAAAGCUGAUAUGCUCGAGAAAGAACAAGUGGCGCAUGUACGGGCCGAGCGUGAUGUUCUUGUUGAGGCCGAUCAUCAGUGGGUGGUCAAGAUGUACUAUAGUUUUCAGGACCAGGUAAAUUUAUAUUUGAUAAUGGAGUUUUUGCCUGGCGGGGACAUGAUGACGCUGUUGAUGAAAAAGGACACACUAUCCGAGGAGGGCACACAGUUCUAUAUCAGUGAGACGGCGCUGGCGAUCGACUCGAUACACAAACUCGGUUUCAUACACAGGGACAUCAAGCCGGACAAUUUGCUGCUCGAUGCGCGAGGGCAUCUCAAGCUCUCCGAUUUCGGACUCUGCACUGGACUGAAGAAGUCGCAUCGAACAGACUUUUAUCGGGACUUGUCGCAAGCGAAACCAUCAGAUUUCAUUGGCACCUGUGCAAGUCCCAUGGACUCAAAGCGGCGUGCCGAGUCGUGGAAACGAAAUCGACGUGCCCUUGCCUACAGCACAGUUGGAACGCCGGAUUAUAUUGCGCCCGAAGUGUUUCUGCAGACUGGUUAUGGACCAGCCUGCGAUUGGUGGUCGCUGGGCGUCAUCAUGUAUGAAAUGCUAAUGGGCUAUCCACCCUUCUGCUCAGAUAAUCCGCAGGACACAUACCGCAAGGUAAUGAACUGGCGCGAGACCCUUAUCUUUCCGCCAGAGAUCCCCAUAUCGGAGGAGGCAAAGGAGACGAUCAUCAAAUUCUGCUGUGAGGCGGAUCGCCGGUUGGGCUCACAGCGUGGACUGGAAGACCUGAAGUCGGUGCCGUUCUUUCGCGGAGUCGACUGGGAACACAUACGGGAGCGACCAGCGGCCAUACCCGUUGAGGUGCGCUCCAUUGAUGAUACGUCCAAUUUCGAUGAAUUUCCCGAUGUCUCGCUGGAGAUACCAUCAGCGCCUAUACCGCAGGGCGGUGAGAUUGCCAAGGAUUGGGUCUUUAUCAACUACACGUACAAGCGAUUCGAAGUGCGAAAUCUGGAGUGAAGCAGGACACGUAGCUGGAGCAGGAGCAAAAUCGGUCGCAUCUUCAAGGUUGCCUUUGCCGCACUUUGCCACCCACACUCGUAUUUUCACCACCAUAGCCGUCGUCUCCGUCGCCGUCGUCGUCGUCGUCUCUCUAAAAUCAUCCACCACCAAGAGCAAAAGCAUUCUCCACGCUAAGCAAAAACUUAAUUUUCCUUUUUGAAUAUCUUACCUACAUGUGUAUUUAAAUACUAGCUAACAUUUGUGAUUCCAAAACGAAAAGAAAGUGAAGAUAGCGAGAUCUAA